AUGCUGAUGCUCUUGUACACGUUGACGGGAAUCGGCAUCCUAUAUGGGUCGUUUUCCCUCUUAUAUCGGAAUAACAAGGCCCGCUUAUUAAUGCUGAGGAAGAGCUUUGAACAGGACAAAUACACGCUGAGUAUUCGCUUCCAAUUGGAGGAGAACAUGCGGGCGUUUGAGCUGAUCCGACACGGAAUUUGGGCGCACAGUGUCGGCUCGUCGCUGGGAAUGCUGCUCUUUUGCAUUCCGUUCAUCGUUCCAAUUGGAGGAGAACAUGCGAGCGUU